AAGCCCUCUUCUCAUGAUCCACCAUUAGCGGGAGGUGGAUUUGGUUCCAAAAUGCAGAUCUUUGUGAAAACUUUAACGGGGAAGACUAUAACCCUUGAGGUUGAGCCUUCUGAUACCAUUGAAAAUGUCAAGGCUAAGAUCCAAGACAAGGAAGGUAUCCCCCCUGAUCAGCAGCGCUUGAUCUUCGCUGGGAAGCAGCUGGAAGAUGGGCGCACUCUGUCAGAUUACAACAUCCAGAAGGAGUCCACUCUUCACCUGGUGCUGAGGCUGCGAGGUGGUGCCAAGAAGAGGAAGAAGAAGUCCUACACCACCCCCAAGAAGAACAAGCACAAGAGGAAGAAGGUCAAGCUGGCCGUGCUCAAGUACUACAAGGUGGACGAGAACGGCAAGAUCCACCGCCUGCGGCGCGAGUGCCCUGCGGACGAGUGCGGCGCCGGCGUGUUCAUGGCCAGCCACUUCGACAGGCACUACUGCGGGAAGUGCUGCCUCACCUACUGCUUCAACAAGCCCGAGGACAAGUGAACAGGCGGACUGGAGUUAAUAAAACAUUCAAACCGUU